CCUGCUUGCAAAAUAUGGCUCUUUUGACUGAGAAGCGUGUUAAAAAGACACAUGCUCCUGCGAGCGACAGUUCUCCGGAGGAAUCCGAUUCCGAGGGCAGCCAGAAUUCAGCCAGCGAAGCGGAGGGCAACGCCGGCUGGGCGGAUUCCAUUCAGAAGGUCCUGAAGACCACCAAGCCGAAGACCCAAAAAAAAACCGUGCUAGCUCGAGCCAAAAAAAGCCAGGCGGCUGUGCGAUUCCAGAAAGACGCCGCCAACAAAAAGCCAGGAUUCGAUUUCGAGAUCGAGAAAGCAGAUGUCAAGGAGGAGGACGAAGGCGAUAACCAUGAAGACGAGAAGCCGCAGGCCUCUGCCUUGGAUGCCACGCUAACCAAACAGCAGCGUAAGAAUGUGCCCCUCCAGCUGCGUGUGAAGCCCAGUUUCCGGGACAUGGAGCGUGAACGAACGCUCCGCAAAGUUGCCACUCGUGGAGUGGUGCAGUUCUUUAAUGCCGUGCGCAUUCAGCAGAAGGAUCUGCAGCAGCAGCUGGAGGAAGCGGGUCCGCUGGACAGCCGACAGGAUGCGGUGCUAAACAACAUCAACAAGCGAAAGUUUUUGGACGUCCUGAUGAGCGGGAAGCGCGCCAAAUCCACACCCGUAGAUAACGCUGUAAAGAAAGAGGAACAAGAAACGGAUGACGACGACGAAGACAAGGGCUCCAGCGGCAAAAAGAAGUCCGAAUGGAGUGUGCUGCGCGAGGACUUCAUGACCAACAAGAAGAUCAAGCACUGGGACGAGGAAGACGACGACGAGGAGGGUCACAAUGAUGAAGCUGAUGACAGCGAUUACGAUGAUGGGGAAGAAUAGCUUUAAUUACCAAAUAAAUGUUAGCUUUUCAAUU